GUUCUCGGUUGACACAAAUUUUAUCAUAUGUGUUUUACGCUCAAGGGGGUUUCAUGUUUACACAUUUGUUGUAUAUGUCGUAUUAUUUUUGUUUAAGUGCGCGCGGGCCAGUUGUUUAAAUUAUUUUAGGUUGUAACAUGUAGUGAAAGUUCUAAUAGGGAAAUCAAAAUGACUUCCCCAGAAAAACCUUGGGAAACGGCUAAUUUACAAAAUUCCACCCAUAUUAUAAGAAACACUAAUCCUGGACCCAGCAUGCCUCAAUUGCCCAGUCGCAGUGCUCCAGUUUUACCACCCAGGCCUAAUAAUUCAUCAAUUUUGUCAAAUGGCUUUAGCAGCCCCUACAAUUCGUAUAUGAAUUAUUCAGGUUAUGGAGGUGGAUACGGUGGCGGUUACGGUUAUGGUUCAUCUUACGGUAUGCCCUAUCGUAGUUCGAUGUACAAUUCAUUUGGCGGCAUGAACAGCUACGGCGGUUUGUAUGGCGGCGGUUACGGUGGCAUGUGCGGCGGCUACGACGACGCCGAGCGACGCUUCAUCCAAUAUGCGGAAGAAAGUUCCCGGAACACGUUCGCCAGUGUUGAAGGUAUAGUGCGGGCCUUCAACAGUAUCGCCAUGAUGCUAGAUAAUACGUUCUUCGCGAUGACUAGCUCGUUCAGGGCGGUGCUCAGCGUGGCGGAAAACUUCGGUCGUCUCCGUUCCAUGUUUGGCCAGAUUUGGUAUACAGUCAACGUGUUUAGAUUUAUUAGUUGGGCGUACGCAAAACUGUGCCAAAUGAUGGGGCUCAAAGUGGCCAAGAGUGCGUCUUCGUUGGCCUGGAGGGAGGCAGCACAGGGGGCAGCAACUGCUCCCGCGCCACCAGGAGGAUCAAGCUGGCCCACACUCGCUUUUCUCGGCAUGUUGCUCGGCGCACCUUACAUAAUUAGCAAGUUUAUUCCGAAGUAUGAAGAUAAAAGUAAUCCGGACAACUGGAAAACACCUGGCAUAAGAGCUAAAGUUGUAUUCGACUUCAUAGCAACGAAUCCCAAUGAGAUGACCGUUCAAACGAACGAUAUUAUCACGCUAGCACCUACUUACAUACAAGAAGAAAUGAAAUUGAAGAAUACAGGAUGGGUAUUUGCGGUUUUCAAUGGAAAAUCCGGAUUGGUUCCCUUAAAUUAUAUAGUUAUAAGUAAGAGCAAGCCAAUUACCGGUAUUUUAGAUAAUAGUGUACCUGUCCCGAGGGCGAUAAAUUCGAGUAAUAGCACUCCAAAAACACACACGAAAAGAGUAAGCUUUGGAGAGACGCAAAUUUUUGAAAAUAUCGAUUUGGAAGAUUAUAAAAAAGAAGUGACGGUUGACGACAGUAAAUCAAGCCAAAACGAUAAUUCAGAUAGGAGCAAAUCUAAUGAAACCACUUCUGUGUAAAUAUUUUCUUCAGCAGUUUUUGGAAGGAUCAAGUGAUAGUUUUCUCAGAAAAAACAUAUUUUUUAAGACUGUUGCAUAAGAAAACAUUCAAAAAGAAGUAACGAGAAUUGUGACGAACUGGAGUAGUCACGAGAAACAAUACCAACUGACUACAAGACGCAAACUAAUAAUGGUGAUAAAAUAUAUAUAUAAACAAAUACGUGAUAUAUACCAUGUCAAAAAUAAAUAAAAAACUAAUUCAUAAUUUAACUGGAUUACUCAAAAAUUUCGUAGUUUGUCCUUUUUGAAAUUGAAUAUACAAUAAAUAACAUACAUAUAU